ACCAAAAAGACAUGUAUACAUGUGGCAUAGGAAAAAAAAGUAUAAAUGACAGUUGUGUUACCAUAUGUGAACAAGAUAUAUACAAAUGUGUAUAUGGAAACUGCUACUCUCACUUGAACGGAACAGCCACUUGCAUAUGUAACCAAGAUGACGAUUAUUUUUAUACUGGCAAAACAUGUGAUGUAAGAACUGAAAAAAUCCAAUUCAAGCCGAACUAUAUUAUUGCGGCUGCAUGUGGCAGUAUUGGAUUUGUUAUAAUUGUAGCUGUUAUAGUGUGCAUUGUCUGCAGACAGAAAGCAACCGGAGAUAAAGAUAAAACAGACAUGUAUAUAACAGAACAUGAUACAUUAAGCUACAACCAUCCCACGGGUCUCUUAGGUCGACAGAGAACGCCAUCUAAUUUGUAUUCGUCAAUGCAUGAAAGCACAUACAACGCUGACAACAGAAAUUAUAAAUUGGUGGAUGUUGAGAAAAACAGCAGGGGGAACACUUAUAUGUAUAAUCCUUCUGCGGACCAACAUUUGAAUACAGAAAUUGACAGCAGAUCUGACAAAGCUUAUCAUAACACAUCAUUUUGUUCUGAAGAGUUUGCAAUAAAAAGACCUCAGAUAGGAGCAGUUAGAGACUAUACAUAUAACGAAUACAAUAGACCAAAACAACAACGACCCGAUUACAUGUAAUGAAUUUAUUGGAAACAUUUUGUCUUCCACAUUGAACAUACCGCAUGCUUAUUUGAAAGAUCUACUUAUUGACGCAUAAUCCAGUCAUCACACAUAAUAUCGUACUCAUUUGAUUUACAUCUUUUUAUAAACAGUUGCAUCACCUUGCAUAUUUAUUAUUCCAGAGAAUGAAGUAUUACGUCCAUAUUGUGUCUCGUAGUCUAUGUUGUAGGGGUUUAAAUAAUACUUGAUCUAGAUCUAAGAUCUUAAAAUAUGAACAUAAAUGAACAUAAUUUGAAUAUCAUUAACAGCAAGUAUUGUGUAGGACACAACCACACGGUCAUUGCAGGAACUGGAAAAAUUAUGCCACAAAUGACAACGAAUAUGUUAUCAUUGUAGUAAAAACAAUACUGUCAUAUUGUCAAGGACUAUCAAAUUUGAACUUACCACGAGCAUUAUAACAGGAUUACUCUCACAUAGUGGAGUUGCUAAGCACAUCAGUAUUUUCUUUUCUUUGUGUCUGUUUGAUAACUUGUAUGUCUUUUGUGAACUUAGCGUUUAACCAUGACAUUAUUUGUUUUUAUUCGACUCUUUAACGUCCCAAUCUCUCUGAAAAUAAUUAACAGUUUCUGGGUACGAGCCGAAACAGUACUGAAUGUUGAUAAAACAUAAUACGUCACUAUCGGUUUUUAUUAUCAACAGCUGAGUUUCUUCUAUUUAUAUUUUUAAUUUCCUAUUACAAAUUGCGAAAUAUAAGACUUUUGAUGCGUCGUAUUUCAAAAAAUUCUUAUGUUGCUUUUGUGGUCGU